AUGGCGCAAGAGUUCAAGCUCAAGGAUGUCACUUCCCUACAGAUGAAGAAUGGAGAGAAGAAAGAAGCCGAGGUCGAGGGUGUUGAGGGUGGAAAGGUGCUCCUGUUGAAGGUCCAGGAUCAAGUUCAUGCCACCAGCCCGAAUUGCACGCACUACGGAGCUCCAUUGGUCAAGGGCGUAUUGACGCCUGAAGGCCGUCUUACAUGCCCAUGGCACGGGGCUUGCUUCAAGGUUUCGACCGGAGACGUUGAAGAUGCGCCUGCCCUCGACCCAAUUGACAAGUACGAAGUAAUCGAGAAGGAUGGUGCUGUGUACGUUAAGACUACGGAAGAGGCACUAAAGGCAAAACGGAGACAUUUGAACAUCAAGUGCUCGUCGGUCAGCGACGACAAGGUACUUGUCAUUGGCGGUGGUUCCGGUACACUGGGUGCCAUUGAGGGUCUUCGAGGUGGAGGCUACACUGGCAAGAUUACCGUCAUCUCAAAGGAAGGCUACCAGCCCAUUGACCGAACCAAGCUGUCCAAAGCACUACUGGCCGAUAUCUCAAAACUCGCGUGGAGACAAAAGGAUUUCUACAAGGAUGGAUCCAUUGACAUUAUUGAAGACGAAGCGCAGAACAUCGACUUUUCUGGCAAGAAGGUAUCGACAAAGUCUGGAAAAGAAUACGAGUACACCAAGCUUGUGUUGGCAACUGGAGGCACGCCGAGGUGGCUCCCGCUUGAAGGGCUCAAGGGUGAUUUGGGCAACGUCUUCCUUCUCCGGACUCUACCAGACGUGCAAAAUAUCCUCAAGGCCGUUGGAGACAAUGGAAAGAAGAUUGUCGUGAUUGGCAGCUCGUUCAUCGGUAUGGAGGUUGGCAACUGCCUGGCAGGCAUGAAGAAUGAUGUUACCAUUAUUGGAAUGGAAGAAGUGCCAAUGGAGCGAGUAAUGGGCAAGAAAGUGGGCGCAAUCUUCCAGGGCCUGCUUGAGAAGAACGGUGUGAAGUUCAAGUUGAGUGCGGGCGUGGACAAGGCAACUCCGUCAGAGGCGGAUACAUCCAAAGUGGGGGCAGUACAUCUCAAGGACGGCACCGUAUUGGAGGCGGACUUGGUGAUUGAGGGAGUGGGUGUUGCGCCGGCUACCGAGUACCUGAAGGACAACUCGAGCAUCACGCUUUUGAAGGACGGAUCCCUGAAGACGGACGAGUCAUUUGCGGUCGAGGGACUGAGUGGCGUGUACGCGAUUGGCGACAUUGCAACGUACCCUUACCAUGGACCUGGUGGUAACGGGGCACCGGUGCGCAUCGAGCACUGGAACGUGGCGCAAAACGCGGGUCGAUCAGUGGCCAACACGAUCAACAACCCGGGAAGCAAGCCCAAGCCGUUUAUUCCAGUGUUUUGGUCGGCACUUGGUUCUCAGCUGCGGUACUGCGGUAACACGAUGGCGGGCGGGUACGAUGAUGUGGUGGUGCAGGGAGAGUUGGAGAAGCCCUCGUUUGUUGCCUACUACACCAAAGGAGAGACUGUUGUGGCGGUGGCAUCCAUGAUGAAGGACCCGUACAUGACACAGGCGGCCGAAUUGAUGAGGAGGAACAAGAUGCCGAGCAAGAGCGAAUUGCAGAAGGGGGUUGAUAUUCUCGAGGUUAGUCUUCCCAGUGAGGUGAAGAUUUAG